AUGGAGGAGGGUCUCGCGUCGUCGUCGUCGUCGGAGGAUGACGCGGACGAGCCGCCGCCGCGCGCGGAGGAGAAUCUCCCGCCGCUGUUCCACGAGGCCGCGGGCCCGCCGCCGGAGGAAGAGACCCCGAUCACAGAGCGCCCGAACCCGGCGACGGACUUCAUCGACGCGCAGGCGACGACCGCGGACCUCGCGAGGCUCCUGACGCAGUGCGACCGCGAGAUGUACGGCAUGCCGACGGGAGACGUCCUCGGGCACGCGGGCUUGGGCAGCGCGCACUUCGCGCGGAUGUUCGGCCAGCUCACGGACCAGAUCGUCGAGUACGUCCGUCUGAAUCAACAGGGCGCCACGAUCGAGGCGACGACGCCGGGGAAGUGGCGACCGCGCGCGGUCGUCUUCAUCGUCGGCUGCGGCACGAGCGGGCGCCUCGCGUUCCAAGCGUCGCGCGCGGGGAACGCGGCGCUGAAGGCGCGCGGGCACGCGCCGAUGUUCAGGCACGUCGUCGCGGGCGGCGACGCCGCGUUGUUUCAGUGCGUCGAAUCCGCGGAGGACGACGGCGCGCGCGCGAGAGACGAUUACGACGCCGCUUUGGCCGCGGCGGGCGGCGACGCGAUCACCGACGCGUUCAUGAUUGGCAUCUCCGCGGGGCUCAGCGCGCGGUACGUCGCGGAGAUGCUGAACCGGGCAUUUGACGACCCGAAGCACCGGUUCGCGGUUGCGUUUCUGGGGUUCAACCCGAGCAAUCAGGCGCGUGAACGUGCAAUGUUUCACCCGCCAUCGCCCCGGUUUCAACGUCGCGCGACGCUGCUCCCCGGCGUCGCCCCCGUCGACCCGACGGACUGGAUGAUGGGGAAGGACCGCCCCGAGGACGUGUACGGCCCCAAACCGAUCCGCCCGGCGUCGUUCCGCGAGGUGGUGUGGCGGUUCGAGCUCGACAUCGGCGGGCAGUACUGCGGCGUCGGCGACGACGACGACGAGAGCACGCAGACGAUGCGGUACCGACGACGGCUCGCGUUGAACCCGGUGCUCGGUCCGGAGGCGGUGACGGGAAGCAGUCGACUGAAGGGCGGCAGCGCGACGAAGGUGAUCCUCGACGCGUCGAUCCACGCGGCGAUCGCGCUCGCGUGCGACGUGAAGACGACGGAGGAGAUUGGGUUUCCGAUCCGGGCGACGCGCGGCGCGACGGCGUUGACGAGGGACUGCGUUUGCGUCGCGUCGAGGGCGACGCGCGCGGUGUCGCAGGCAGCGCAGGACGACGACUCGCCGCUGUCUCAGGCGCGUCGCCUCAUCGACGCCGCCGCGGACGCGCUGCGCGCGAAAGCGGGGGUGCACUACCUCGCCAGCGACAGCGUUGGCGUCGGGUUGACGUGCGCGAUCGACGCGUCGGAGCAAGAGCCCACCUUUGGCGCGAAAAAGACGGACGUGCGCGCGUACGUGAGAGGCGGGUGGCAGGUGGUCACCGGGUCGAUGCGAGUCCCGGCCGGGGUGGACGCGGACUUGGACGUGUCGGAGUCGCCGGGGUUUCGAGCCGCCGCGGGGUCGUUCGGCGCGGACGAUUUGAUCGUGGUGUUCGUCACGGGCGGCGAAGACUCGGCGUCGAAACGUUCGUCGGAUUCGGACGCGCGCGACGGCGACGGCGACGGCGACGGCGGGUCGUCUUCGACGUCUUCUUCUUCGAUCGUCGACGUCGUCGCGGACGUCGUCGCGGAGAAAGGCUGCCGCGUCGCCGUCGUCGCCGUCGGCGUGAAAGGCCACGACGACGCGAUCGCGCGCGCGGAGACGAUCCGCGCGACGUUCGCCGCCGCCGCGGAGACGGCGCACCGGACGCGCCGCGCCGCCGAGCGCGCGACGCUCGCAACGUGCGCGAUCGAGAUCGACCCCGCGCUCGGGCCCGAGCUCGGGUGCUACGAGGAACAGUCGCAGAUCCUAUCGUUCGCGCCUCGAGCGGUCGAGCUCGCGGUCAAGCACGUCGCGAACGCGGUCUCGACCGGCGCGCACGUGUUGAUUGGCAAGACGUUUGGCAACCGGAUGAUCGACCUCCGCGUGAGCAACGCGAAGCUGUUUCGCCGCGCCGCGCGGUUGAUCGAGGAUUUGACCGGGGUCAGCGACGUGGACGCGCGCGUCGCGCUGUCGCGCGCGAUCCACGGCGAUCCCGCGCCGGCGGUGGACGACGCCGCGCUGGACGCGCACGUGCGCGUCGCGACGGGGAUGCGUCGCGUCGUCCCGGCGGCGACGUUGUUGGCGACGGGAGCGCCGUGGAAGGACGUCGUCGACGCGCGCGUCGCGGUGGCCUCGGGGGAGAGCGUGCGGGUGAUCUUGACGCGAGCCGGGUUCGGCGGGAAGGGCGGUGGCGGGGAGGGCGGCGCGAGUGCGAGCAAGAGGGCGAAGACGACGGACGCGGCGGCGACGUCCAAGGGCGCGGCGUACCAGUUUGCGUUUUAG